UGCAGGCAAGGAGAAGUAGAAAUAAUAAGAAAUACAGGAGGCAAAGCGGCAGCAGCAGCAAACGCAAGAAUUAAUCGCUUCCCGUAGCCGUAAAAGUACAGAUUCCUCCGCCGCUACUUCCACCCUUUACCCUUUUUACCGAUUUUCUUUUUGAUUGUUCUCCUGAUCAACAAUCUGACGGACUCCGCUUCUCUCCUCUCCCUCGAGCCUGCCUCCCCCCGAGGGGAUGCCGAUUCUGAGGCUUCCCAACUUACAUUACAACCAGCAGCUUCACAACUGCCGGCACCGGCACCGGCACCUCCACCUCCACCGUCAAUAUCAGCCGAACCAGCAGUGUUGCCUCAGUCGCAAUCAUUAUCAUCGCUCUCGGACGCUAUGAUUUCGAAUAGGGAUCCUAAUGCUCUUUUCAGCGGCGGCGGUAUUAGCUUUCUCUCUGGAGGCCAGAAUGCAAAAUUCAGUUAUGGAUAUUCAAGUUUUAAGGGCAAAAGGGCUUCUAUGGAGGAUUUCUAUGAGACCAGGAUAUCUGAAGUCGAAGGUGAAAUGGUUGCCUUCUUUGGUGUUUUUGAUGGUCAUGGAGGUGCUAGAACUGCUGAAUAUCUGAAAAACAACCUUUUUAGGAAUUUGAGUACCCAUCCGGACUUUAUUAAAGACACAAAAACAGCUAUUGUUGAAGCAUUUAGGCAAACGGAUGCUGAUUACCUCAAUGAAGAAAAAGGCCAGCAAAGAGAUGCUGGGUCAACUGCAUCAACUGCUGUGCUCUUAGGGAAUCAGCUCCUUGUUGCAAAUGUUGGUGAUUCUAGAGUGGUAGCCAGUAGAGCUGGUUCAGCUAUUCCAUUGUCUAUUGAUCACAAACCAGAUAGAUCUGAUGAGCGCCAAAGGAUUGAAGAUGCUGGAGGUUUUAUCAUAUGGGCAGGAACAUGGCGGGUUGGUGGUGUUCUUGCUGUUUCUCGUGCAUUUGGUGACAAAUUACUUAAGCCUUAUGUUGUUGCUGAGCCAGAAAUUCAGGAAGAAGAAAUUGAUGGUGUUGAUUUUAUAAUUAUUGCAAGCGAUGGGCUGUGGAAUGUCUUGUCAAAUGCGGAUGCAGUUGCUUUAGUGCAGGACAUAACAGAUGCAGAAGCAGCAUCAAGAAAACUAAUACAAGAAGCUUAUGCAAGGGGAAGCUCUGAUAACAUUACUUGCAUUGUAGUUCGAUUCGACAAUUCAUGAGCGAGCAAAUUAAUAUUUUAAGAUAUCAUCAUCCCAAGCCAUAAUGGAAGAAGUCUCCAGUGGUGCCGUUGGAUAGACUGUGAUAGGUGUUACAUUUGCAGACUAACAGCUGAAUUUCCAAGUUUGGUGUAGAUCCAUCUAUGUGUUUGUUUAUGGUUGGCUUCAUUUUACCUUGAUGUAAAAGAUUGUGUUGUUCUUGUGGCCUCCAUUCAUCAAGAGAUUAGCCAUGUCGGGGACUGUCGAACUUGACUGGUCUUUCAGAAACAAAAACAUGGUAAAUUACAGAUUAUACAUUUUGUAUGACUUGCAGUUUAA